AGCUCAGUGCCCCCAGUUUAGCAGUGUUGGGAGCAGGAAACCAUGGAUAGUAGCAUCCAGCUGAGCAGUCUGAUAAGUCGGCAUGAUGAUGAAGCCACAAGGACAUCCACCUCUGAAGGGCUGGAGGAAGGUGAAGUGGAGGGAGAGACGCUUCUGAUUGUUGAGUCAGAGGACCAGGCUUCAGUGGACUUAUCUCAUGACCAGAGUGGGGAUUCCCUCAACAGUGAUGAAGGAGAUGUGUCGUGGAUGGAGGAGCAGCUGUCUUACUUCUGUGACAAGUGCCAAAAAUGGAUCCCGGCCAGUCAGCUGAGGGAACAGCUCAGUUACCUUAAGGGCGAUAACUUUUUCAGGUUUACUUGCUCUGACUGCUCGGCAGAUGGCAAGGAACAGUACAACAGGCUGAAGUUGACAUGGCAGCAAGUUGUCAUGUUGGCAAUGUACAAUUUGUCCCUGGAAGGCAGCGGGCGCCAAGGAUAUUUCAGGUGGAAAGAGGACAUCUGCGCUUUCAUUGAGAAGCACUGGACUUUCUUACUAGGAAAUAGGAAAAAGACUUCGACGUGGUGGAGCACAGUAGCAGGCUGCCUCAGCGUGGGAAGUCCUGUGUAUUUCCGCUCAGGUGCUCAGGAAUUUGGAGAGCCUGGGUGGUGGAAACUGGUUCAUAACCGGCCCCCAACCAUGAGACCAGAGGGAGAGAAGAUGUCUGCCUCCACUUUGAAAGUGAAAGCCUCAAAGCCAACACUGGAUCCCAUCAUUACUGUUGAGGGACUUAGAAAACGAGCAAGUCGGAAUCCUGUAGAAUCUGCCAUGGAAUUGAAGGAGAAACGGUCUCGAACACAGGAAGCAAAAGAUAUCAGAAGAGCCCAGAAGGAAGCCGCUGGCUUCCUUGACAGGAGCACCUCUUCCACUCCUGUCAAAUUCAUAAGCCGAGGCCGGAGGCCGGAUGUGAUUCUUGAGAAAGGAGAAGUAGUUGACUUUUCUUCCUUGAGCUCCUCUGACAGAACCCCCCUGACAAGCCCAUCUCCUUCUCCCUCUCUGGAUUUCUCUGCCCCGGGGACACCAGCUUCACAUUCUGCCACACCUAGCUUGCUUUCAGAAGCAGAUCUGAUCCCAGAUGUAAUGCCACCCCAAGCCCUGUUUCAUGAUGAUGAUGAGAUGGAAGGUGAUGGCGUCAUAGACCCAGGGAUGGAGUACAUCCAACCUCCAGCUGGGUUAUCAGCUUCUGGACUGAUAGGGAGCAGAAAGAAGGUCAGAGGUCCUGAGCAGAUAAAGCAGGAGGUGGACAGUGAGGAGGAAAAGCCAGACCGGGUGGAUGCGGACAGUGAGGACACAGAUUCAAACACCUCUUUGCACACCAGGGCUCGAGAAAAGAGGAAGCCUCCCCUGGAGAAGGACAUGAAGCCCAAAGGGCCUAGGUAUACACCUUUGAGUAUCUAUGAGGAGAAGCUGUUGCUCAAGAGACUGGAGGCAUGCCCCAGUGCCGUGGCCAUGGCUCCGGAAGCUCGGAGGCUGAAGCGGAAACUGAUGGUCAGGCAAGCCAAGAGGGAUAGGGGCUUGCCACUCUUUGACUUAGAUGAGGUUGUGAAUGCUGCUCUUCUGUUAGUCGAUGGGAUUUAUGGAGCCAAAGAUGGAGGAGCUUCUCGGCUUCCAGCUGCACAAGCCACGUACCGUACCACCUGCCAGGACUUCCGGAUCUUAGACAGAUACCAGACUGCCUUGCCAUCCAGGAAAGGAUUUCGGCACCAGACCACCAAAUUUUUGUAUCGUCUGGUAGGAUCAGAAGAUAUGGCUGUGGACCAAAGUAUUGUCAGCCCUUACACCUCUCGGAUUUUGAAGCCUUACAUCAGGCGUGAUUAUGAGACAAAGCCACCCAAACUACAGCUCCUGUCACAGAUUCGUUCCCACCUGCACAGGAGUGACCCUCACUGGACACCUGAGCCCGACGCACCUCUCGAUUACUGCUAUGUCCGACCAAAUCACAUCCCAACGAUCAACUCCAUGUGUCAGGAGUUUUUCUGGCCUGGCAUUGACCUGUCUGAGUGCCUGCAGUAUCCAGACUUCAGCGUUGUCGUCCUUUAUAAAAAAGUCAUCAUUGCCUUUGGCUUCAUGGUUCCUGACGUAAAGUACAAUGAAGCUUACAUCUCAUUUCUGCUUGUCCAUCCCGAAUGGAGAAGAGCAGGGAUCGCCACUUUCAUGAUCUACCACCUGAUUCAGACCUGCAUGGGCAAGGAUGUAACCCUUCAUGUUUCAGCUAGCAACCCUGCCAUGUUACUGUACCAGAAGUUUGGCUUCAAGACUGAAGAGUACGUUUUGGAUUUUUAUGAUAAGUAUUACCCACUGGAGAGCACAGAGUGUAAACAUGCAUUCUUCCUGAGGCUCCGGCGCUGAGGUGAAGCCAGCCCUUCCAGAGAAGAGUGGAUGCUGUCAGAGAAUGGGCCUUAGGGAGCCGUUCAGACAACUAUCUUCAUGGUGGACCCUGGUCUCCAGGUACACAGCCUCCACACCGCCUAGCUGGGUGAGUGGAGCCAUGCACAAUGGUACGAGUUGGCAGCCUUUCCGCAGACACCCUCCAGCCCUUUCUGGAGCAGCCUUCCAGGAGUGGAGUGGACUCCACUGUUAACCAUAACUGAGUGAUGCUACUAUCCUCCUCCCAUGUAACAUUGAGUGAACCCAAAAGAGCUGCUAAACUGAUGCACUUGAAAACCUCCUUGUCAUGCAUUAGAGCUCAAGAGAUACGAGAGCUAUUAAAGAUUUGCAGUGCCCACAUGACCCUCUGCUGCCCUGGGAUGAGAGAUCAUGAGAUGACAGAAAUGCGUCUGACCCUAUUCCCAACCUGUGUGUCAUUGACUCCAGGAGGACUCAAGGCAUUGAAGCUGUUGUGUCUUGCUGACUUUGUCCCAGUCAAGAAGACUAAGCUCAGUGUCUAUCUCCUUGUUGCGUGACCUGUUCUGCCUGUUAGCAUCUCCUGGCAGGGAAUUUGGUCUGGCUCGGGGAGGGUUGCGUUCCUGUCUUGACUUAGGAAAAUGGCUUGGGAUUGAAGUAGUUGAGCUGGAUCCCUUCCCAGAUCCUUCUUAUGCCCAGGACAGUUGCAUGACAGGCAUGGAGGAACGCAGUGAUACAGGCAAAACCCACUGUGGGUGUAGCCUACUCUCUCUGCUGGAUAAGUCUGCCUCAUGUGUUGUAGGGGUUGGAGAUGUACCAUCAGGUGUCUUUGAAUCCUGCAAGUGCAUUUCCAAAAUAUCAAAUGUUCUCAAAUAAAAAUUUUUCCACAGAACAACUCACA